AUGAGGCCUCUGCAUCCACGAACCGAUAUCUACCGAAGCCAUCGAGUCAAUGCAGUCCAAAUUCGGACCCUCUGGUGGUGGGGACGGCAGAUAGGGAACCCUUGGUCUCCCACCGAGGACUUUGAAGAGCGUGCGAGAAGACAUCACAAGAUCAUGAGAACAAGAUACUACAAAGUUCUUCGGAGAAGAGCACUGUGGGAGUCAGAAGAUACCUAUAUUCGACCUUGGCGUCACUAUCGCCUCUGGGCAAACCGAUAUUGCGAUUACAAACCAUUAUCCUCCACAGGGGCCUCUGGUCAGGAAGCAAAAGAGUCAGAUAAUGAAUAUACCAGUGAGUCUGACACUGUAUACAAAGACUUCGAUGCUUUCCGAGCAGCUGUCGACCGUGCUAUUGCACGAGAUCCACAUGGAACUUUAUUCGGCAGACGGUUGCAAAGUCCGCCGUCUUCCAACAAUUCAUCAUGGACUUCGUUUUCUUGGUUUGCAGAUCCGAAGGAGAUGAAGAAGGAUCAAGACACUAAAGAGUCAGAUCCUGCUCCGACAAUGACUAAGAAAGACUCGAUCGAAAAAGGGACUCCUCCCUCAGAAAUUGGCUCGGUCAAGCAAGUAAUCAAGAAGUCGACACUGGAUAUUGGUGAGGAGAAGUAUGAAUACGACCCAAUUUCGAUGAGAAAUGUUCCCAUAAAGAAGCGAUCGGCUGAGCCUGAACAAAAGGAAGACCUUGAGCAGGAGAAGCAAUCAGCAGCCCCGGAACCGAAAGGGCAACCUGGACAGCCAGAGGUACGGAAUCCGCCAUCCGAUAUUCAGCCAAAGCAGCCACUCUUCAAAAACCUGUUCUUCCAAGAACAUGGAGUUGAUAUACCAGUCAAGACCUACAAACCUCACAAAUUUUACGGCUUCAGUGCUUCGGAAAAGAAAACGAUUGACGAGCAUACUGAAACAGGCCCGACCGGGACAGGCGAAGGCUUGGAUAGUUCGAGAAAACAGGAAUUCCGGGAUCUGAUGACAAGGGCCAAGGGCAACAACAUCGACACCACUGCAAUGUUUACAGAGGUCAGUGCACAGCCAGAGUCGGAACUCGUUACUGGCGAAACCGCCGCUCCGAAGAAGAUCAGAGAGUUGCCUGAGCCAGAUGAUACUCUGCCGCUGUUCUCAGGUACCACCUACGAGGCAAAGGCCCGCAGGGAAGCAGACGCCAAUGCGUCAGAUUGGCUGGUUAAAGAAGGGUUUCGACAAAAGACCGGAGAGCCGGUGAGCGCCACAGAUGCGCGGGACUCUAGGGUUGAAGUACUGAUCAAGAGACUCAAGAGUAAGCUUGAGCCGGCUCUCGACAGAGUCCAGGCACGGGCUGCCCAAGACCAAAAUGGAAAAUUGGCCAGACUGCAGACUGCUCUCGAUCGUCAACUCUCUGCAUCCAUACGGCCCUUUUCCUCAGCAGAGAAAGAAGCAGGAGCGCCAGUGCCUCCGAAAGAGGAAAUAGCGGGCAGUGAAGACUCGAAAAAGACAGAACGGGCAAAGCUCGAAACGGACUUCGAGGCACGACAAGAAGAGGCCGCAAAUGAAGGUAUCUUGUCGCCCAAGACUCUGAAGAUUGAAACUCCGGCCAACAAAUUGACCAAGACCCUCAACAACGUCUGGGAACAUAUCCGGGAAUAUCCCAAUGGUAUCGUUGCCAAAACCGUGAAAUCCAUGACGAACUUCAACGAGAAUUACAAGAAGUAUAUUCGAGCCAAUGCGGUGAAGGGUUUGACCGAGAAGCUUGUCUUCAAAGACGAAUCGUUGCGUAAUACACCAUCCAUUUACAAGUCCAACGCCAAGCCCCGACCAGUAGAACCUUUUACUCCUUCACACGACGUCCUCGCAGAUGAGAAAGAAGGCUUACGACGGACAUCUGACUUGCGAGAGGCGACAGAGAAUAUGAAGAAGGAUGCAGAAGUGGAAAAGGCCCAGAUGACCCAACUAGCUGCGGAUAUACAAGCUGUCUAUGAGAGUGAAUAUGGACCCAUCAAUCCCGAUCAUAGGCAGCCAGCACAGGCGUCGAUUAAGGCCGAAGCCAUGUCUUUCGCGUCGAGCACCUCCCAACCGGACAUGUCCAGACCCCACCCGCUCUCUUUUGCGAACGCCAAACCGGGAGUUGCCACAAAUCCGUUAAUUGAUGAUCAUAUUAGCAAAUUCGAGCCCAAUUUUGCCAGGCUCGUAGACGAGGCGAAGCAAAUCCAUGCUGAGCUUCGAGAUGCUGACGUGAAGGCCCAGGAGCUUCAGGGUUUACGACAUGCUGGAAGCCAAGCAGAAACUAAAGAACAAGUGGCAGAAGGAAAGCCGUCUCUCCACAAACUGAGCGACGUCAUGCAAGGGGCAAAGGAAGUGAGAAGAGAAUUACAUGAAGCUCAGAACGCGAUAAGAAGAAUCGAAAGUGGGAGGCCAGCAAUCGCUUGGAGUGCACCUCAGAUGUCGGGCGCCGACUUUGGUAAGAAGAGGAUUGACCUUAAGGUUCAGAAGAUCCUCGACCCUCCCAAGAGCCGCUGUGAGAGCGUCGCUGCAAAUGUCGAAACUGGGGCGCAGAUCACAUCACAAGCUGCAAAUGAAGAAGAUCUGAAGAUCGUUCCAGAACCAAUCCACACUCCAUCGGGAUCGGCUAUUUGGAACGAUGAGCAACCUCCACCAAUCGAGAGCCUCAGAAUCAGAAAAUUUGAUUCACCCUAUCUUAUUCUUGCCUACGACACCUCGACUGGGAAGGUUAACUUUUCUCCAUUAAAUCAACCCAGCACCGAAAUACCCAAGUCCAGCAACAUAAUUAGUAUUCUAGGGCGCCUUAAAAACGCGCCAGAAUUUCUCAAGCAUUUCCAAACAAUGCAAAGAGCAGGAUAUUCGCUGUACAACGGGACCGAGAACAUCUUGAUCUUCCAGAAGAAGCAACCAGAAAAUGUUACAGGCUCAGCCAUGCCGAAGACUGCAACAGAGGCACAAUCACCCAUGGAUGGAGCAAAACCGGCACCAACCGCCAAUAUCUCUCCUCGACUACCAGAUCAAGAAGCUGCCACGGUUUUGGAUGAGCUGCCUACCGAGUUGAACCCAGUCCCUGGCCCGGCAGCGCCCACAGCCCCCCCAUUUCGUCCGACCCCAAAUCAGCCAAAAGUGAGGAGGCAAGAGAAGGUUUUUUCCGGAACAAUCCGUCCAAGUGCGGCGGCGGCGGCGUCGUCAUCGAACGCAACGGACGAAAAGCCAUCAACCCUCGACUCCGAUAGGGAUAGCCCAGAUACCCAGGAGGGCCUCUGGAAGCGUUUCACACGCGGAGUGAAAUACACGCUGUUGACUCUCACGGCCUUGGGCUUCGGCGCCUAUUCAAUCGGUUUUGUCGCAGAAGGGCUUAGUGCUCACGCUCAGCAGCGGAAAGGGAUCGACGAUGGGGAAGCCCAACGGCCAAGAAAGCGGAUUGUCCUGACAGGUCAAAGACCGGGGAUCUUCAGCACAGAAAGCUCGCGAUAA